AUGAAGCCGCAAGCUGACCCCUCCCUCCCUGAUUCGGUCGUGGCCUCAACGAUUGUUGUUACUCAACCUGCUGGCAGCUGUGAAAAUGAAGAGCCGGGCCAGACAUCUUCCUCCAAGGGAGAUGACGAACAUCAAUAUUUGGGACCGCGGGCCUUGACACUUUUGGGCUGCUCCCUCUUGCUCGUUAUAUUACUCGUCACUCUCGAUGCCUCCAUUCUUGCGACUGCCAUUCCAAAGAUCACAGAUCACUUCCAUACCAUCGCCGAUAUCGGCUGGUACCCUGCAGCUUACAUGAUAACAAAUGCAUCUUUGCAGCCUCUCACCGGAAAGGUGUUCACAUACUUCUCACUGAAGCUUGCCUUUCUUGCUUUCGUCGCCGUGUUCGAACUGGGUUCCUUAGUCUGUGCCCUUUCCUCGUCUAGUACAAUGCUGGUGGUGGGGCGAGCAGUGUCUGGUAUCGGCGCGUCGGGUCUGAUGAACGGAGUCCUCACCAUACUUGCUGUUGCCACUCCUCCUUCUAUCCGACCUACCGUGAUGGGCAUCCUCAUGUCUUUCGCUGGAGCUGGACAACUCAUCGGGCCGCUGGUUGGCGGUGCUCUGACUGAGCAUGCCUCGUGGCGAUGGUGCUUUUGGAUCAACCUUCCCGUCGGAGCAGUGACAAUAGUAGCCACAAUAUUCAUCCGCUUCCCAGAGUACAAGGCUCGCAAGGCAAACUGGACAUUCCGAGACAUGAUACACGACUUCGACAUUACUGGAUUUGUUGUUUUUGCGCCCGCAUGCAUGAUGCUUCUACUCGCACUGGAGUGGGGCGGAAUCACCUAUCCAUGGUCCUCCGCUACGAUCAUCGGGCUCCUCUGUGGAUCAGCAGGGGCAUUCACAUGCUUCUUCGUUUGGGAGUACCGCCAGGGAGAUUCUGCCAUGAUUUCAAUAUCGCUGAUACGGAAGCGAGUCAUUUACAGCAGUUUGAUCAAUGCCACAUUGCAAUUCGGAGGCUUAUUGCUCUACGGUUAUUACCUGCCUUUGUGGUUCCAAGUGGUCAAAUCGGCGAGCCCAACCAUGAGUGCAGUCUACAUCCUCCCAACGUUUGGGCUGCAGAUCUUCAGCGCGAUUCUUGCUGGCGCCCUAACGUCACGGUUCGGCUAUCUUGCACCAUUUGCCGUGACGGGUUCAGUCUUUGUCACAAUAUCAGCGGGACUGAUCAGUACACUUGGUACGCAUACGAAGCCAGGGAAGUACAUUGGGUACCAGAUCCUCAACGGCGUUGGGCCAGGUCUCUCAAUGCAACAACCCGUCCAAGCUGUCCAGUCCAUCGUUUCCCCUGCCAUGCUUCCCAUUGCAACGGCUACUGUGGCGUUCUCACAGACGUUCGGCGCUGCGCUAUUCCUCAGCCUUGGUCAAACCACCUUCCUCAACCUCCUUCGUCCCGCCUUGCACACUUAUGCGCCCGAUGUGAACGCACAGGACGUGAUCAACAGCGGCGCCACGAACUACCUCGCCAAGCUCCCCACUGGGGCGGACAACGACGGUAUUAGGGAUGGUGUGCUGCUGGCAUACAACGACGCGAUCACCAAGACGUUCUACCUCGCUGUGGGAUGCGGCGCUGGUGCCUUCGUGACAAGUCUGGGACUGGGGAAGACCAAAGUUCCGACGAAAAAGGAGAAGAAGGGCAAGGAUGCUGAGAAGGGGAAUGGAGGCAAGGAGCAGGGCAAGAGUUUAGGUGGUCCUGGGGACAGUGGUAGGGGUGGAAAGGAACUGAAUAGCACAUCGUGA